CUUUGGCCGUCAAUUCUCCAUGAAGCGACUUUCAACUGUGCAAGGUUUGGAUGUGCCGACAAGCUUGAGGUUGAGGUCUAGAGGACAGCGGUUUAUUUAAUAUACAAAAGCGUUAUGGCUUCAAUGCUGGAGUUCCGCACACCCGGCUGGAACCCUUAUGCCGUCAAAUACUCGCCCUAUUACGACUCGCGCAUAGCUGUCGCAUCCGCAGCAAAUUAUGGUAUUGUAGGAAACGGUCGUUUAUUUUGCCUAGGCUUGGGACCGCAGGGUGUCCAGAUCGAGAAGACCUUCGAUACGAACGAUGCCCAAUAUGACCUUGCCUGGUCCGAGAUCAACGAGAACCAGCUGCUGGUCGCGUGUGGUGACGGGUCGAUUAAACUCUACGACACGAAUGUCAACGACUUCCCCGUAGCCAAUUUCCAUGAGCAUAGGCGAGAAACAUUCUCAGUAUCAUGGAGUCCUGUCACCAAGGAUACAUUUGCUUCCAGUUCAUGGGACGGAACAAUUAAAAUCUGGUCGCCAGCAAGAAAAGAAUCUAUCAAAACCCUACCAGUCGGAAAUUGUACCUACAGCACAGCCUAUUGUCCUUCCAACCCCAAUAUCAUUUCUGCCGUAUCAUCCGAUUCACAUUUGCGGGUAUUCGACCUUCGGACGCCCGUCUCCGCCCAGUAUCAUCUAACCUCUAAAAUCCCAGUUCAUAUCCCGCCUCCUAUUCCACUCCCGCAAGGUCCUACCCCGCCUGCUGUACCGGGAGAGAUCCUAACACACGACUGGAAUAAAUACAACCAUACGGUGAUCGCGACAGGAGGCGUAGACAGGGUAAUACGGAUAUUUGACAUCAGGAAUCCAUCAGCUGGUCCGGCAUCUGUGAUGAUGGGCCACGACUACGCUGUCCGGAGGUUAGCGUGGAGUCCACACGCCAGCGACAUCUUGAUUAGUGGAAGCUAUGACAUGACAGUGCGUUUAUGGACAGAUGGGUCGACGAUGCCGGCCCAACAAACAUCCCCAGUCAAGGCCGGAAUCCAACUUGGCAUCAUGAACAGGCAUACCGAAUUUGUGACGGGCGUCGACUGGUGCUUAUUUGGUGUUGGAGGUUGGGUUGCAAGUGUAGGCUGGGACGAGAGGUUGCUAUUGUGGGAUGCGAAUAGAAUUUUGCGGGGACAAGCGUAACAAUUAUAUCGAAACCUAUCUGAGUACAAAAUAAGGAGAGAAAAUACGAUUCGUCGAGGCUAGAUGGAAAUUUUGUAGGCUUUAUACCGGGAUAUUUGCAUUGGGAGGCGUUUGAUAAAGCAGUUGAGGGAUUAUGUUACUGAUACCAUCUAUACUAUAUAUCUAUUUUGGCCUUCCCUCAAUAGGUAGAAUUCUAAACUUCGACUAAUUAGUGAA